AGGUAAACUGCCCCACAUGGCCGGUGGGAAGAGCUCCGUCCCUGAGGUUUGGUCUCCAAUUGUGUCCUCAGCAACAAAAGAAACAAGUCAGAGGCCGACGAGCAAGGAAUAAACUGACCCAGUGAUACAACGGAGACAAACAAGGACUCGUUUCAUUGACUAUAUUUGACAUAAACUUCUCCCUCAGUAACUAGAGCUGGUAAUAAUCUCACACGAGUGAACCGAAAGUUGGAAGACGGGCUUUGUCUACACAAUGUGGAGCAGCUAAGGAUUUGUUGUCUGCUGCUAGGUCGAAGCUAGUUCUGCUGUGUUUUAACCACAGUAGCACAAAGGAAGUAGCCGAAACAGACACGACAAAAGUUUUGCGGGCAGAAUAAAUGGAUCCCGAAUUGUUGUGCUGUGAGGGGGACAGGCCUGCCAUCCGGAGGGCCUACCGGGACUCGAACCUGUUGAAUGACCGCGUCCUGAACGCUCUUUUACGGGCAGAAGACAAGUAUCUCCCCGCUCCCAACUACUUCAAAUGUGUCCAAAGAGAAAUCGCCCCGUACAUGAGGAGGAUUGUGGCCACCUGGAUGUUGGAGGUGUGUGAGGAGCAGAAAUGUGAGGAGGAUGUGUUUCCUCUGGCUAUGAACUACAUGGACCGCUUUCUAUCAGUGGAACCCACCAAGAAGAACCACCUGCAGUUACUGGGAGCUGCCUGUAUGUUCCUGGCAUCCAAACUGAAGGAAACAAUCCCACUCACUGCUGAGAAACUCUGCAUCUACACAGACAACUCUGUCACACCUACUCAGCUGCUGCAAAUGGAGCUGCUGGUUUUGAACAAGCUGAAGUGGGACCUGGCUUCGGUAACCCCUCUCGACUUCAUCGACCACUUUCUGUCUCAGCUGCCUGUGAGGAAAGAGAACAAGCCCAUACUCAGGAAGCACGCUCAGACCUUUGUGGCUUUGUGUGCCACAGAUGUAAAGUUUAUUGCCAGCCCACCGUCCAUGGUAGCAGCAGGCAGCAUGGUGGCAGCAGUGGAAGGCCUGAGGAUGAGAAUGGUGGGCAAUGCCAUGAUGUCUCAGAAACUGACAGAGCAGCUGGCACAGACUAUCAGGAGCGAUCCGGACUGUCUCCGGGCGUGUCAGGAACAAAUCGAGUCGCUGCUGGAAACCAGUCUCAGACAGGCACAACAACCGCAACACACGGUUACCAUAGAAACUAAGAAUAUCAGCGAGGGGCAGGACCUCUCAACUACACCCACAGAUGUCCGGGACAUAAACAUCUGAGUGCUGCCAGUCACAAUUUCUGGAUGAGAAAAGAGAAGCAGGGUGAACUGACGCUCAUGUUUCAAGAACACAUGGUUAUGUUUUACAUGACGUGGUGUGUACAAGUAUAUGGACUCAACAGUGUAUCAGAGCUGUUCAUAGGAAGUCCAGUAUCAACUGUGGCAGGGACCAGAAGGACAUAUGGACACCAUGAUGUCCAGGACAAUUACAACCUUAAGACUGGAACUGAGCGAACACUGAAGGAACAGUUGAAAGAGUAAUGUCUGUUAGUGUUGCUUAUAACCUGUAGGUUACAGUUUGAUGCACAAAUCAAAGGUGUUGUUUCAAAGACCUAGAGGGCCUACUGAAGCCACGCCUCCUCCCAAACUGAAGCUGUAGCCUCAGAGACACUCUUAUUGGUGCGCUGAACCUGUAUUUAUGAGCAUUUAAGAUUUUAUGAAGCGAUCUACUUCUACUGACGGUUAAGUGUCGGAGCAAACUUUUAAGAGCAGCUCUCAAGUGAUCAAAUGGAAACAAAACAUUGCUUCAAACAUUCUAUAUAAUCAGAUUAGCUACAAUGUAUAUUACAGUCAUAUUAAAACAUGGCUUAGAAGAUGA